CCAAAUCCCUAAGCUAAACCCUUGUAAAAUCGAAGGUGGGAGAAGGGGGGAGAGGAACGGGAGGCGGCGGCGGCGAGGUGAUCGAGGAGAGGCCCAUGGAUCGUCAGGGGAACGGGGAUCCGGGGGACGACGAGUCGGCGACGGCGUCCUGGGAGAUGGGCGGGGGCUCCGAGGCCGGGGCGGAGGUGACGGGGGUUACCCGGGGCUCUGAGCGUGAGGCGGAGGGGGUCCGGGGUGGCGUCCUGGCGGGGGUGACCGCGGGCUCGGUGGCCAAGCCGUCCAAGGCCCAGGCGGAGGCGUCUUCCAAGGCGGGUGGGGGCUCCGUGGUCGGGGCGGAGGUUGAGGGGUCCUCUGCUAGCUUCGUGGCGGAGGGGAUGGGGGUACCUCUGGUCCUGACGGUGGCAGAGAUAGCCGCUCAGGGCUUCGACAUCGGCGUCGACAUCCUGCUGACAACCGUGGAGGAGGAGGAUGUGGAUCCGGACGCCGAAGCAGAGUUCGACGCGAUGAUUCUGGCCAACAACCUCCGAUUUGCUCAACAGUUACGCCAGGAUGAGAAUGUUCACACCAAUCAACCCAACCCUGAGAAUGAUAUACUUUACCUGGAUCUGGCUCUUCAUUGUAUCAGGGAAUUCAUAAUGAUACAUUACAUGGAUCUUCCAUAUCCCAGGUACCCCCUGCUGAUACCUUCCAGCCUGAACAUGAAAAUGAGGAUGAGAAUGUUCACACCAAUCAACCCAACCCUGAGAAUGAUACUUUACUUGGAUCUGGCUCUUCAUUGUAUCAGGGAAUUCAUAAUGAUACAUUACAUGGAUCUUCCAUAUCUCAGGUCUUGCUGCCCUAGAAAAUUCUGAGGUCCAUGGGUUUGCAAUUGCAAAUGAUCUCAGAGAAAGUUUGAACAGCAAUCAGGGAUGGGCAACUGAAAAUCAAAUCUUAGGGCUUCUGCAGAACCGUCAAAUCUUUCAGCUACUUGAAAAUGAAGUGACUGCUAUAAAUGAUACUGCUCAAGGUGUUGUUGCCGUUGUACCUCAAAGCAGUGUGGAUGCACUUUCGAUAACUCCUGAAUACACCUCAUCUCGAAGGAUACUAAAAGAGCAUGGUCCGUCUAAGUUAAAGGUCUCCGGCGUUACCAUAAACAAAUUUGUCGUCAAAGGAAAUUUAUGGAGUAGAAGGCGUUACACCAUUGAUAACACAUGCCAUAUAUUUGAAUGGCCUGCCAAACCAGUGGCAAAUGAGGUACAGGCAGUACCCCCAAGGACUAGAGCAAGGACUACUGAAGAGUUGAUCGCCUCCAACGCAGCUGUGGUUGCAUCGCAUGGCAGAGUGCUAGAGUCUAACGCUGUUGUGGUGGAGUCAAACAACAGGCUGACGGCUGCCAUCUAUCAGCUCAUCGCCCGCCUCGGCGAAUCCAGCAACAGUAGGCCAUGAAGUGGGGCAAGGAAGGUUGGUUAGAUUAUUUAGGCAGAGGCGCUGUGCUGCUUGCAAACGUUGGGUCGUAUGGUCGAAUGCCUGCUGAAUUGUUUCUAAUGCCUGCUUGCAGACUUUGGGCCCUAUCGAAUGCCUGCCGGAUUGUUUGUAGUUCAAGUUUUGCCACCAUGAUAGAUAUCCCAACUAGAUGACAGGAGAUAGGUGGGUUUCCUUUUUGCUGGUAUUGCUGAGAAGGCAAAUUUGACAAUUUGACCUCGAAACGAAAUAAAAUCACAG